GCGCGUGACGUCACCGUUGCCAGCGAACGCGGAAGAAGGCAAUGGCGGCGGGAGGCGGCGGCGGUGGAGGAGGAGGCGGCGGGGCGGGAAGCGGCGGCGCCUCGCUCUUGCGAUGGCUGGACGUGCUCGAGAAGGAGUUCGACAAGGCGUUCGUGGACGUGGACCUUCUGCUGGGCGAGGUGGACCCGGACCAGGCGGAGAUCACGUACGAGGGCCGGCAGAAGAUGACGACGCUGAGCGCUUGCUUCGCUCAGCUGUGCCACAAGGCGCAGUCCGUGUUCCAGCUCAACACCAAGCUCGAGGCCCAGCUGAUUGGGCUGCGCUCUGAACUGAGUGAGGCGAUGGCAUCCAAGGUGGUGCUGGAUAAGGAGCUGAGGGAUCAGCUGCUCCAGCUGCAUGCGGUGCAGUUACAGCUACAUGCCCAUUCGGGGCAGAGCGUCGACUCCGGCAACAUCAAGGCCAAGCUGUCUGUCCCCUCUUUGGAGAUGAUGGAGAAGGAGUUGGAGAGCAACAAGCGUGCGGGCAUGAAGGACGCAGUGUGGGAGAGCGAGGCGGUGCUGCUGCGGCGAGAGAAUGACGAUCUACGGCGCCACCUGGCAGUAUUGCAGGGCGAGGUCUACGGCGCUCGCCUCGCCGCCAAGUACCUGGACAAGGAGCUGGCCGGGCGCGUGCAACAGAUUCAGCUCAUGGGUCAGAAUCUGAAGGGUUCGGCUCAUGAUAAGCUGUGGAAUCAGCUGGAGGCAGAGAUCCAUCUGCACCGUCACAAGACGGUCAUAAGGGCCUGCCGUGGCCGUGCCAACCCCAAGCACAUGCUACCCCAGCCGGCCGGACACGAGCCGGAGACGCUGAGGAAGCAGCAGGGCGUUGGGCAGGUGAGGAAGGUGCUGCUCGUCAAGGCUGACGACGAGGGUCUGGGCAUCUCCAUCACCGGCGGCAAGGAACAUGGCGUGCCCAUUAUCGUCUCCGAGAUCCACCCGGGGCUGCCGGCCGAGCGCUGCGGUGGCCUCUACGUUGGCGACGCCAUUCUCGCCGUCAACGGCAUCAACCUCCGCGACACCAAGCACCACGAGGCGGUCGGCAUCCUCUCCCAGCAGGUGGGAGAGAUCGAGUUUGAGGUGGUGUUCGUGGCGCCGGACGUGGACUCAGACGAUGAAAACGCGGAGUACGAGGAUGAAACAGGGCGGCGCUAUCGCCUAUACCUUGAGGACCUGGAGGAGCACAGCGUGGCCUCUAGCAAAACGGCCACGAGUGCUGGCUCCAAGUCGCCUACGCCCGAUGUAACAGCGGUGGCCACCUCGGACGGUUUGUGCCUCAACAAUGGAGACCUGAGCGACGGCUCGGCCUCGAACGGAACCUUGUCCAGCGCCUCGGCUCUUGAGGAAACAGCGACGGCUACCACCGGCAUGCAGGAGCCCACCGGACCCACCCCUCCCACCUCCCCAUGAGUCCUCCUCCUCCGGGUCACCCAGGCCUGCCGUUCCCCCUCGUGGUUGGGAUGUGCCCUGCGUUUUAUUCUGGCCGUAUUCCCCUACCUCGUGGAAUUCGGAAGGUCUCCUCGUACCGCACAUGUCCCCGACAUGAGCCACGUUCGCUGUUGUUUGGCAGUUGCCAAAUUCCUGGCCUGCACAUCCAUCCCAAAACACAACCCACAUUUGCACCGAAGCUCCAUGUCUCUACGGUUGCUGCAGAAUGGCCAUGUGGUGUGUUUGUCCAAAUCGUGCUAUGGUCACAUCCCAGGAAUUGACCGAAAGUGUAUCGACUUUAGCAUCGGCUUGGCUGUUGCCUUCAAUCACGUCUUCGUUUCACUGGUGGAAUGACCCAUUCAAGGGGAGGAUAUGAUUUCCAAUUCGCGAUAUCCCACAAUACACAACCUUCUGGAGUCCACAUGUGGUUCCACUGUUUCCUGCUCUGUAAAGCAGCGAUCGAUUGGUAUUUAAUGCGGUAUGAUUUGAGCGUUGCAUUGUUUUUCCAGCCUGGCAUUUCAAUCGGCGAGUCAACCCGAGGAAACAUCGGAUAUACCCUCACACUUCAUAGCUUAGCAGUAUCAGCAUGGUGUACAAGUGCAGCUUACAGCAUUCAGAUUUAUUUUAUUGUUGGGGGGGGGGUCUUUUGUUUGUAAACCAUUUACAGCCAGUGCAUAUAUUUAAAUUUAUAUUACACAUUUUCCUACCAAAAGAGACCUGACAUUCUCAACAUCAUCUUUAUGACACACAUUUGCUCAGUUGUAUCUUUGAGCGUGCUGCCCUUCGAAUAUAAUCUAUAUAUAUAUAUUUACACGGUGGAUCAAACUACCUGCUGUCAUUCAUGGUAGACUUAGAGAGCUCUGACAGGAUGCUCUACAAAGGGUUCUGAAACCUUUGCUUGCCAUUGUAUAAAUGUCAUCCGUUAACUUGUACAACAAAAGUGCCGUGUUACACAGUUGUGAGGUUACAGUAGAUUAAAACUAGAGAUCACUUAAAUCAUCACUUAAACAGCUGAAGCCCAUUGGCAUUUUAUCUGUACAUUUGUACUCUUACUAUGUGCUUAAGUAUACGAAUUGAUGACAUUGUAAGUUACUUUUCAGUCUAUAUUUAUUCUUGUCCUCUGUAGACACGACCACAGGAGUCGACUCGUCAGGCACGCGCUGCAUACAUAUUUGACCUCUUCGGCUCUGAGAUGGCAAUGAUUGGCCGAGGCGGUCGCGUAACUCAUACAUGUGACACCGGCCAUGUAAUUGGCACACGACCACUCAUCUUAAAACACGUACAAUAAGUUUGGCUGCAUUGCCUGUGCGUGUGGCUUCCUUUUAAGAUAAAUGUAUACAUUUUUAGAUCUUCCUUGAAGGUUACUUUAAAAUAUGAAUUACUACCAUGGAUGAUUCUGCAGCCAUGGUGCUUAUGUAAAGAUUAGUGAUGUUUUAAGGUUAAGUGUCCUCGGUCACUUGUGAGAUUAUUGUCCACGCUUGCAAUAUUAAUGUAGAAGCUUGAAUCAACCAAGCACUCAGCACAAAGCCCAGUGAAUCUGCUUUCUUAAAUCUGGGAAAAGCCUAAUCCUUUGGAAAUGUGAACCGUUUGGAGCUACAUCCCUAAGCUUAAUCUUUUCCUCAAAUAUUCCAACAGAGCUAUUCCAACUUAUUUUGAAUUUGACUUAAAGGCCGUCCACAGGAAUUCAUAAACUGCUCACAGCAGUCACAUUUAUGAAAGGUAUUUUAAUCUUUCAAACACUUAAUUUUACUGUUUAUUUGCUUUCGUUACAAUUCAUGGAGACGAGAAAACUCGAUAAGAACAUUAAAAUUAUCCAACAAUAUUGCAGUCCAUUGCACAUGAAUAACGGAGUUGCUUUUUAAAGGCAAUGUUGGAAGAUGGGUCUAAUAAAUAUCACGACUUGCAGGGGUAACAAUCUUUGGCUACGACCUUAAAAGCUGUUAACAGGUAUGUCUCUUACAAGCCUUGGAGGGAACUUUGAGAAGAGGAGGUUGUUCACUUUCGCCUGGGGCAGUUGGGUCAUCACCUUUGGGUGAGUCCAGGGAAAUUUAAACAGGGCCGCACUGAGGCACCAUUGAUGCCGUCCAUCUGUGCAUAUUUAAUUCCUUCCCUUUACUAUCCUGAUGGAUUAUUUUCAGGGCCGUCCAGGUGCACAUGAAGGGCAUCUCAGAGAGGGAUGCUAGUUCCUGUCACUGGCUUUGGAAACGAAGUUGUUGGGCUCACUCAAUUUUUUUUCCUCUUCGUUUGGUCCGAGUACUUUAACCGAUUUGGGCUUUAUUUAUUUACUAUUUUUACUGUUUAAGCUUUAUUUUCUCUGUUUAGUUCCAGAAGAAUGUGGAAAAAUGUAAAAUAAAACAAAUGGAAACAAAGCCUAAAAACAUCGGUGGCAUGAAGCAACACUUUUUAUAAUCUUAACGGUUUUUGAAACAUUAACAUUUUUAUUGUCAUUGUGUAUGCGUUUGGUAUGUACAUCCGUGCAUGACCAUGUGGUGUGGGGGAGCCCUUUUUUUAAAUGUUACUGGAAAGGAAGCAAUGGUUGAGGGUCAUGGGUACCCAAAAGGGUUGGGCAGAAAUUAUUGCACCAAGAUUUUCGAGUCUUAUAUCUGUAAUCUAAAACCAGACGUCCAAUGAAAAGUGUGAAUGCUUAAUGUCCCCAGUUUUACAUGGUCUUCUCAGCAUCUAUUCAAUGUUACAAAAAACGUUUUGUACGUACUGUGCCGUGAAUCUUAGUGACUGGUGUGAGAGUACUUCUGUAUAAAUGAUAAUCUGAUAGCUUUGUGUAAUUAAACAAAUUAAAAUUGUAAAUGU